ACCGAGCCAGACGACGACGAGAUCGAGAGAGGGGAGCGGAGGCGUGGAGCUCGAUGGCGUCGUCGCUGGGGAGGCUCAAAUCCUCCAUCUUCGACAAGGAGGAGAGGAAGAUGCAAUACCAAUCGCACAUCCGGGGGCUUAAUGCGUAUGAUCGACACAAGAAGUUCAUGAAGGAUUAUGUUCAGUUUUAUGGCCAUGGCAAGGAUGCGGACAAUAGUGUACCCAUCAAGACUGAUAAAGAUACACUGAGAGAAGGAUACAGAUUCAUUUUUUCUGAGGAAGACGAUAUGGAUUCUACUUGGGAGAAGAGGCUGGUCAAACGUUACUAUGACAAGCUUUUUAAAGAAUACUGCAUCGCUGACAUGUCCCAGUACAAAAAGGGCAAGAUUGGAUUAAGAUGGAGAACUGAAAAGGAGGUGAUAUCUGGAAAAGGGCAGUUUAUCUGUGGCAACAGGAUUUGUGAUGAGAAAAAUGGACUUGGUAGUUAUGAGGUGAAUUUUUCUUAUAUUGAAGCGGGGGAGCAGAAGCAAGCACUAGUAAAAUUGGUAGCUUGCAAGAGAUGUGCAGAAAAGCUUGCUUAUAAAAGACAAAAGGAGAAGGAAAAGGAGCUUUCUGGUGAGAAGGAAAUGGAGUUAAAACAAAGGGACAAGAGGAAAAGAGAUCACGAGGGAAGUGAAGAAACUGAAGAUGCAUCAGAGGAUGAAUCAACUGAGAAAUAUACCAGAAGAACAAAAGAUCGGAAACGAUCUUCAACAAGGAAAAUGAGCAACACAGAUGAAGGCUUUGAGGAGUUCCUUGAAGGCAUGUUCCCCUAAGCCUCCUUAACGUCAACACAAUAGGAAGGGGAACAGCACCUUUUCCAUGGCAUGUUAACCCUGAACGUGAUUAAUUAUAAGUUUGUAAGUGAUGGUGUAUACUGCUGUUCCAUUUCUAGCCUAGGUAGGUGUCUUGUGAGCUCUGAGAUCUGUGAACUGGCAGUGCUGCCUAAUUAAUGAAUCGAUCACCUCCUCUUAAUCUGUGAUAGUUUGAACUUUGAAGCACCUUGAAUGGUAUUCAGAUGUGGAUAUUGCGUGGUAUAAAAGUGCAAAUACCAGAGUAUUGAUUAUGCUUUCUUGUGCAAGAAUGCUGCCCCAUUGUCACAAAUCCAUGGCUGACAUACCUGUGCUCUAAACAGCGAAU